AAUCAAUUGGCUCCAAUUCCGUUAAUUGAAACAUGUUGAAACAGAGCCGCCUCCAGCACUUCCGCUCUCGACCGGAAGUGCAGAGGGGAGCGCAUGCGCGCUGCGUAGUACUGACUAGCGCGAAGUGAAGCGAGUUCUGCGCAUGCGCAACUCUCGAGGAAUUGACGCGUGCGCUGUGUGAGCUUGAGUUGGCGCAUGCGCAGUUGCAUUUUCGACGUUAUUAAAGGAUUUGAGUAGUGCGCAUGCGCAACAUCCGGCUUUUGACGCAUGCGCUAUGAGAUGCUGUGUGCUGCGCACGCGCCGCUUACCUGUAUUGCGCAUGCGCAUUGUGUCCUUUCAUGCAGCGCAUGCGUACUGCGCGUGUGGCACUCGCUUGUUAUGCUGCGCAUGCGCUGUUUUCUGGUUAGCAGUGCUAUGCGCAUGCGCGCUUCCUGUAUAGGGCGCAUGCGCAUUGUUUACACUAUUUGGCGCAUGCGCAUUCCUUCUUAUUGCGUAUGCUGCGCAUGCGCGCUAGACGUGUUCGAAUAGAGCGCAUGCGCACUGAAGCUGCUGCUUCUUUUGCGCAUGCGCGGAGCGCGCAGUUUGAAUCCUGCGCAUGCGCAGUGUCGUUUUCAUACCGAGCUUGGCUAGCGAACGGGCUCCGGUGGCGACCUCGCUGUGGCCGCUUCCAUCCCAUAAUGGCUGCCGAGGAGCUGGAGGAUUUGUGCUCCCACAUCAACGCCAAGAUCGGCUGCGUGAAGAAGCUGCUCCAAUUAAGGGCUAUCGGGAGGGAGGCGUCGUUGAAGGCGGUGCUGGCCAACGUAGGGCAGGAGAUGGCGGUGCUGCACGGCUUGCUGGGGGAGUUGGAAGGAGAAGUCAAUCAGCGGCGGCAAUUAGCAGCCCUGCUGCAGGAAACGAGGAAACGGGUGGAAGAGGAAAAGAUGGAAGCGGAGCUGUUGCAGAGGAACUUCCCGCUGGAGCUGAGCUUGAAAAAGGAGCCUCGGCUCGUUAAGAAGCCAAUUAAGGAGGCUGAGUUCGUUAAGGAGCCGGUGUUAAUUAGCGUGGAGGAGUUUGAGAACGUUCCAGGGUGAGGAAGUUGGGCUUGCAGCUCAUUUGGCCCCAUUCGAUUCGCUGCCCGCUGUCGUUUUUCCUUCCUUUCUUCCCUUCUUCCGGCUUGGGGUUAAUUAACAUCUUCGUUAAUUACGUUGAGGAGGGGUUAGUUUUAAUUAGCCUGUUCCGUUUCUUGCUCUGUUUCCUGCUCUCUUUCCCCUCUGCUUCCAUUUCCUGCUCCGUUUCCGCUCUGUUUCUGGUUUUCAGGUCUGUUUCCUCUUCUAUUUCUUCCCUGUUUCCACUUAUAGGAUUCGGUUUCCUCCUUAUUUCCCCUUAUUGGACUCUAUUUCCUCCCUAUUUCCUUAUAUAGGAUUCUAUUUCCUCCCUACUUCCCCUUAUUGGACUCUAUUUCCUCCCUACUUCCCCUUAUUGGAC